GCCUAAUCAGAGACACUGCAUCUGUGAUUUAUACAAGGCAGUGUGCCCAGAGACACACACAUUUAUGUUUAUGCGUGGUUGCAACGGUUUUGUGUUCUUUUUCUUCCAUCACAAAUCCGUUUUUUUUUGAGGAACGCUGUCGAAAAAAAAUGUUCGUUUAACAUCGAAGAAAAGCUGAAGAUCCAUUUGCUUGUUUCCCCUGGGAUGAAGUGAAGUCGUUAGCAUUUUUAGUUUAUGGCCAAAAAAAAAGAGAACCAUAGGCGAGGAGGAGGGGUUAGAUUUAAGUAAGCAGAGUGAGUAGCAGAGGUGAACUAUCGUGACAAGCUAUCAAUACAGUUAGGCCGGCGGUUUUUAUUUACAUGUUUAUUAAAGAAAACCUUAGUCCAUCACCUCUGAGACAUUUCUGGAUUGGAUUGGCUGUUUGUCUCCUCCAGUAAUUGAUUCCCAGUAGUGUUUAAUUAACGCAGUCGAGCCUGGCUCAUUUUCACUGCUUUAACGAGUUUGCAGAAGCUUGCUAAAAUUAACAUUAAACGACGAAAUAAUUCGGUCAUUAAAAUCAGCCUGGAUUUCCUCAUAAGAUUCCUGUCAGCGAACAUGAGGCUGAAGAGGAAUGGAUCGUACACAUUGCACAGAGCAGUCGAGGAGGAAGUUAGAGCAGAUCUUGGGAGCAGCAUGUGAAGAGCAAAAGGAGGUAAACAGACCGGCAGCUCGUGAUGGACAUCCUGUUCUGCUUCGAUUGCGUCUUGUUUAGGAAGUCCAAGACCAAACCAAAUGGUAAAAAAGCAGCAACAGAGGAGAAGAAGUUGUAUCUGGAGCCUGAAUAUACCAAAGCCAGAAUAACAGAUUUCAACUUUAAAGAACUGGUGGCUCUGCCACGUGAAAUUGACCUCAAUGAAUGGCUAGCCAGCAAUACAACAACAUUCUUCAAUCACAUAAACCUUCAGUACAGCACCAUUUCUGAAUUCUGCACUGGAGAUACGUGUCAGACGAUGACUGUGUGCAAUACGCAAUAUUAUUGGUAUGAUGAAAGGGGAAAGAAAAUCAAAUGCACAGCCCCACAAUAUGUGGACUUUGUCAUGACUUCUGUACAAAAGUUUGUGACAGAUGAAGACAUCUUCCCGACAAAAUAUGGGAAAGAAUUUCCAAAUUCCUUUGAGUCUUUAGUAAAAAAGAUCUGCAGAUAUCUUUUUCAUGUACUGACUCACAUCUACUGGGCUCAUUUCAAGGAAACUGUUGCAUUGGACCUGCAUGGACAUUUAAACGCACUGUAUAUGCAUUUCAUGUUAUUUAUAAGGGAGUUCAAUUUGGUAGAUCCCAAGGAAACUGUUGUCAUGGAUGACCUGACAGAAAUCCUUUAUAGCCACGCAGCAUCACAGAACCACGUCAAAGAAAGAUGAGCCACGUGCAAACGAAAGACAUUCGAUCAUGAAGACUGUGGGACCUAACUGUGCAGGAUUAAGUGUGGAAUUUAAUUUCACACUCUAAAUGCGGUGUUUACUUCUAGGAAAGAACCACGUUUGACAUGGGAAGAUGUUGUGCAGAAUGGUGGUACUGCCAUUUUUAAUAUAUUAUGAUAUGUUAUUAAAAAGACUUUUAACUUUGAAGUGGCAUGCUGGCAAACAUGCUGUUUACUGCUUCUCCCCUACCGAGUAGGAAUGAAAUGGAAUAGAUGAGUCUUGGUUUUAACCCAGGAAUACAGAGGUUUAAAUUUGUAUGGUCAUAAUCUUGGAAUACUGGAGCUAUCAUGCUGCUCUGGCAACCAGUCAAGUACCUCUUCAUUAUUCAACUUGGACCAGUUAUACACAACAGGUUUUUUUUUUUAUUUAUCACAUUCUAUCUGCAAGCUCCAUAAUUGUAUUUAAAAAAAACUUAAACUGCAGCUUAUAACAAUAUUUUGGCUUGCAUUCAAACCUGUGGGAAGAUUCUUUAUCCCCCUUGUUAAGCAGUUCUAUAAUCAGUUAAUCUCGCAGACUAGCCUCAGUUUUAGAGUAGUAGUCGAAGCCAAUGCUGCUGGGAAGCAAAAUAGCAUGCAAGUUAAGCACUGCAGUCAGGCCUGAUUCUGUAGCAUAUGGGGGCCUUUCUCUGGCACAUUUUAAUGUUGAGCUCUUGUUGCUUCUCAUCCUUGUACAUCUGAGAAAUGUUCCUGGUCAGGUAGCAAGAAGAAAGUCAAGCUGAUGUUCCAUUUAAAGAUGGUCACUUCAGAGUGUGUACACACUUUUUGUAAAUAUUGCUUAAGGUUGAGGUUGGUGUGUUGUACAUGAAUGCAAGUAGCAACUUUGGUUUGUCCAUCUGUUCAAUACUGAUUUAUGGUUAUGUUCAGUUUCUGUUUUGCAUUUUUAAGUUUAGCCAAGUAGCUUCCCCUCAUGUUUGUAACGAAUACAGAUGGGGGUAAUUGGGGAUCAAUAGAUUUCCAAGCUCAGUUGCCUCAUUUUUAGUUUUAAACUGAACGGCAACACACAAUAUUUCACUUUAGUUAUCAUUUUAUUAUAAGUGUAGGGUUUUGUUUUGCUGUUUUUUUUGUGUUGGAACUGUUGCACUUGAACCUUGUAGUUAACCAUGGUUUCCAGGUGUUUACAAGUUUAUUUUGUUUUUGGCUUUAUUAAUAUAAAAUUAUAAAUAAAAAAGAUUCAAAACAAAAA